AUGUCCGAGGGAGAACCAGAACACUUCCUAUUUGAUGAAAAACAGAAAAGAAACAGUGAAUCAGAACGGAAGAUGAGGAACGAAUGCUCUACUUCCCAGGGUGCUGAAUCCCAGGUGUUUGCUUCACACCAAAGAAUUAACACAGGGAAGAAACCUAAUAAACAUUUGGAGUGCAGCAGGAGCUUUGCUUGGGAGGGAGACAUUACUGACCAGCAAGAACUCCACACAGGGAAGAGACAUAAAUGCCUGGAGUGUGGAAAGAGUUUUGCUCAGAAUUGUACUCUUAAAGUUCAUAGACGAAUCCACACUGGGGAGAAACCAUAUAAAUGCUUGGAGUGUGGGAAGAGCUUUACUCGCAGUUCAAGUCUUAUGGCCCAUCAACGUAUCCACACUGGGGAGAAGCCAUAUAAAUGCUUGGAGUGUGAGAAAAGCUUUUCUAGGAGAACAGGUCUUUGGGUCCAUCAAUAUAUUCACACUGGGGAGAAACCAUAUAAAUGCUUGGAGUGUGGGAAGAGCUUUCUUAAGAGUUCGCAGCUUACUGUACAUCAAUAUAUCCAUGGUGGGGAAAAACCAUAUAAAUGCUUGGAGUGUGGGAAGAGCUUUUCUAGGAGAGUAGAUCUUAGGGAUCAUCAACCUGUCCACACUGGGGAAAAACCAUAUAAAUGUUUGGAGUGUGGGAAAAGCUUUGCUAGGAGAAACGAUCUUCGGGCCCAUCAACAUAUCCACACUGGGGAGAAACCAUAUAAAUGCUUGGAGUGUGAGAAAGGCUUUGCUAGGAGAAUCGAUCUUAGGACCCAUCAACGUAUCCACACUGGGGAGAAACCAUAUAAAUGUUUGGAUUGUGGAAAGAGUUUUGCUUGGAGAUCUCAGCUUACUAGACAUCGACGUAUCCACACUGGGGAGAAACCAUAUAAAUGUUUGGAUUGUGGAAAAAGCUUUGUUUGGAGUUCACAGCUUCCUGAACAUCUACGUAGCCACACUGGGGAGAAACCAUAUAAAUGCUUGGAUUGUGGAAAGAGCUUUGCUCGGAAUACACAGCUUAAGAUCCAUCAACGUAUCCACACUGGUGAGAAACCCUAUAAAUGCCUGGAGUGUGGAAAGAGUUUUGCUCAGAAUUGUACUCUUAAAGUUCAUAGACGAAUCCACACUGGGGAGAAACCAUAUAAAUGCUUGGAGUGUGGGAAGAGCUUUACUCGCAGUUCAAGUCUUAUGGCCCAUCAACGUAUCCACACUGGGGAGAAGCCAUAUAAAUGUUUGGAGUGUGAGAAAAGCUUUUCUAGGAGAACAGGUCUUUGGGUCCAUCAAUAUAUUCACACUGGGGAGAAACCAUAUAAAUGCUUGGAGUGUGGGAAGAGCUUUCUUAAGAGUUCGCAGCUUACUGUACAUCAAUAUAUCCAUGGUGGGGAAAAACCAUAUAAAUGCUUGGAGUGUGGGAAGAGCUUUUCUAGGAGAGUAGAUCUUAGGGAUCAUCAACCUGUCCACACUGGGGGAAAACCAUAUAAAUGUUUGGAGUGUGGGAAAAGCUUUGCUAGGAGAAACGAUCUUCGGGCCCAUCAACAUAUCCACACUGGGGAGAAACCAUAUAAAUGCUUGGAGUGUGAGAAAGGCUUUGCUAGGAGAAUCGAUCUUAGGACCCAUCAACGUAUCCACACUGGGGAGAAACCAUAUAAAUGUUUGGAUUGUGGAAAGAGUUUUGCUUGGAGAUCUCAGCUUACUAGACAUCGACGUAUCCACACUGGGGAGAAACCAUAUAAAUGUUUGGAUUGUGGAAAAAGCUUUGUUUGGAGUUCACAGCUUCCUGAACAUCUACGUAGCCACACUGGGGAGAAACCAUAUAAAUGCUUGGAUUGUGGAAAGAGCUUUGCUCGGAAUACACAGCUUAAGAUCCAUCAACGUAUCCACACUGGUGAGAAACCCUAUAAAUGUUUGGAUUGUGGAAAGAGCUUUGCUUGGAGUUCACAGCUUAGGGUCCAUCAACGUAUCCACACUGGUGAGAAACCCUAUAAAUGCUUAGAUUGUGGAAAGAGCUUUGCUUGGAUUUCACAACUUAGGUACCAUCAGUUUACCCACACUGGGGAGAAACUUUAA